GUGAGCGCGCGCGCAAGUUUUGAAUUUCCACGUGGUGUGCCGGUGGAUACAGUGAUUUAUGGGUGUGCAUCAGGUGGGUUGAUCGAUAUUUUCGAUAAGUAAUAUGUGAGAGUGGAUGUAUAAUUAAAAUAGUUAAUUUAAUUGUCUAUAUAAGUAACCCAGUGCAGAAUUGACGCCAUUAUCAUCUUUAAUGUUGCAAUUACAAAUUAUAGAGACCUAAAUGUACAAAUGAGGCGGAACUAAUACAAACAUGGGUGUGGGCACAGUGGCUUCAGUGGCCGCGAAGUCAGCUCUGGCGUUUGCCGGCGUCAGUACCCUGAGUUUCAUACCCAUUAUGUUGGCAACCCUCGCUUACUUCAACUACAAUCUCAUAGACCCCGAGAACAGGCCUUUCAAUCAACAGAAUCUUCGAGAAACGUACGAUUUUGUAAUUGUAGGCGGAGGGUCUGCAGGGUCAGUGGUGGCCAAUCGACUGUCCGAAGUUCAAGGCUGGAACGUGCUUUUGUUAGAAGCUGGUGGACAUGAGAAUGAAAUAAGUGACGUUCCUCUACUGUCAUUGUAUUUACACAAGAGUAAGAUGGAUUGGAAAUACAGGACAGAACCACAGGACACGGCAUGCCAAGCUAUGAUAGACAAACGUUGCGCCUGGACCAAAGGCAAGGUUCUUGGAGGAUCGUCAGUUCUUAAUACUAUGUUGUAUAUACGAGGAAAUAAACGUGACUUUGACCAAUGGGAGUCCUUCGGAAAUCCAGGAUGGGGAUACGAAGAUGUACUACCAUAUUUCAAGAAAUCAAUGGAUCAACGUAAUCCAUAUUUAGCAAGAGAUACAAGGCAUCAUUCUACAGGUGGUUAUCUGACUGUACAAGAUUCUCCUUACAACACACCGAUUGGCGCAGCUUUUCUUCAAGCCGGUGAAGAGAUGGGUUACGACAUCGUGGAUGUUAAUGGAGCACAACAGACGGGCUAUGCUUGGUACCAGUUAACUGUACGUCGAGGAACACGUUGCUCCACAGCAAAAGCUUUCCUUCGUCCAGUACGACUUCGUCAGAAUCUUCAUAUUGCCCUUUUUUCACAUGUUACAAAAGUACUGAUAGAUAAGGAAACCAAAAGGGCAUAUGGCGUGGAAUUCUUUAGAGAUGGUAAAAUGCAAGUCGUUUAUGCCAAAAAAGAAGUAAUUCUUUCUGCUGGAUCUAUUGCGUCACCUCAGCUUCUCUUACUUUCGGGAAUUGGACCUGAAAGUCAUCUUCGAGAAGUUGGUAUCGACGUUAUACAUGACUCUCCCGGUGUUGGAAAAAACUUACAGGAUCAUAUAGCGGUUGGCGGUCUAGCUUUUAAGAUUGACUACCCAAUUAGUUUAGUUAUGAACAGACUGGUAAAUAUAAAUUCUGCGCUUCGCUAUGCGGUUACAGAAGAUGGCCCUUUGACUUCAAGUAUUGGUUUAGAAGUAGUUGCCUUUAUAAAUACCAAAUACGCAAAUGCAUCAGACGAUUGGCCAGACAUUGAAUUUAUGAUGACUUCAUGUUCAACAUCUUCAGAUGGUGGUACGCAAGUAAAAAAAGCCCAUAGCCUCACUGAUGAAUUUUACAAUGAAGUAUUUGCUGAAAUUAAUAAUAAAGAUGUUUUCGGUAUAUUUCCUAUGAUGCUUCGUCCAAAGAGUCGAGGUUUCAUUAAGUUGCGAUCUAAAAAUCCUUUUGAUUAUCCACUAAUGUACCACAAUUAUUUAACGCAUCCGGAUGAUGUUGGUGUUCUGAGAGAAGGUGUCAAAGCUGCAGUAGCUGUCGGAGAGACGCAAGCAAUGAAGCGUCUUGGAGCUAGAUUUCAUUACAAACCUGUUCCAAAUUGUAAGCAUCUUCCUCUCUAUACUGACGAGUAUUGGGACUGUCUCAUUCGACAAUAUACUAUGACGAUUUAUCAUGUUUCUUGUACAGCUAAAAUGGGACCAUCUACUGAUCCUAUGGCAGUAGUGGAUCCUCAGUUACGAGUCUAUGGCGUUGAAGGACUUCGAGUAAUAGAUGCUAGUAUUAUGCCAACUAUUACUAAUGGGAAUAUUAAUGCUCCAACUAUUAUGAUUGGUGAAAAGGGUUCUGAUCUAAUUAAAGAAACAUGGUUACAAAAAAGAAGUCGUAGGUCAAAAAGAUGCUCAAGGUUCGAACGAAUAGGUGUUCAAAGUAAACGAAAAUACCCUCUUUGCAACACAGAAAGAUGACGUAGAAGGGUCUAGAAAACUAGACAAUAUGAAAGGAAUUUAAGCCAUAUACUUUAGUAAAUGCACUAGAGGG